CAGCAGACACGCGCAGACAGCGGAGCCUCUCACCGGUCCCAGACGCACGCCCCCCAACCCGCUCCGCUGCAGGACUAUCGGUUCCCCCCACUCCUCCACCGCCCCUCAUCCCCCCAUCUUCCACUGUCUUUUGCCCUGGUGGUGUGCGCUUGUUUCACGACACUGUCAGGAUGAGUGUGGCGGUGGCGGAGGGAUGUUUUCUGUCCGCUCUGCAGCCCAAAACCUCCUGCACCACUUACGUGGUUCCGUCGGACCCGUCUCCGGACCCGUUGGCCAAAGCCAGGAGGGUCCGGGAGCAGGUCCGCAUGCGGCUGGCGGAGAAAAGGUCCUGCUCCCUGCCCAGGCUGAACGACGCGCCGAUCGGAUCCACAGACUACAACCUUCCUGAGGCUAAGAGCAUUUCCCACACCUUUGGUUUCAGUUCCAGAUCCAUGAUACACACACCCAGCCGCGUCAUGUCUAUGCCCACAGCACCCCUUCGCUCCUCUGGUUUCUCCUCUCGCUCUGCUGUGGAAACCAGUUCCAAGGCGGGCCAUAAAGGAACCAGCGUGGUCCAGAGCAGCUUCCUGUCCUCCCAGCAGUCCCACAGCAGAAACAGACGCGCCAAGUCAGUGUGCCAAGGAGACCACGAGGCAAUUCCCAUCACUGUGUUGCCCCCAUCAGACUCCUUGAUCACCGUGCCUCCCCUCGUCGGCACCCUUCGACGCAGCCUCAGCGGGACACUGGCCCAAGACAGAGGCCACUGGCAGGAGGAGGAGCUGCCAUGUCAGUACACCUACAAGGGCCCCUCCCACCGCACCAUCAGCCGCAUCACCAACCGACAGCAGCUCUACCAGCAACAGGAGCAGCAUCAGCAGAGCUCUUCCUUCAGUCAGGAUGGCUGGGGGGGGACCGGCAGGGUGGUCCCCAUGGCGGGGGACGGCUGGGGGACACAGUGGCAGCAGCAUGUGUCCAGGGCCAGCCAAGGCCUGGGGACUGGGCAGGGCUCCAUCCACCGGGCCGCCUCGCUCCGCAGCUUGAGGAGUGUUGGGAAAGGCGUGGAUAUCUUGGAUGGAGCAUCGAUACACAGCAAUGACCCGCUGGAAGAUAUGCAGAGUCUGGACAUGGCUACAGCUGUCAGGUAUCUGUCUGAGUCAAAUGCUACCUUGCAAGUUCUGGCAGCAGCAUACAUACAACACACGUGUUACCAUAGCAACGAAGCCAAACACCAGGUCCGUGUUCUGCAUGGCGUUCCGGCUCUCGUUAAGCUUUUCUCCAGUGACAACCAAGAAGUGCAGCGUUUUGCCACCGGCGCCACGCGGAACCUCAUCUACGAGAACGCCGAGAACAAGGCGGCGCUCAUAGACGCCGGCGGAGUGAUGCGCCUCGUCAGCAUCCUCGGCAAACUGGACGAGGAGCUCCGGAAGACCAUCACAGGUGUCCUGUGGAAUCUGUCCUCCAGAGACAACCUGAAGGAGAAGCUGUCCAAAGAAGCUUUGUCAGAGCUGACGGAGAAAGUACUGAUUCCUCUGUGCAGCAGCGUCCCACUGAGUCCAUCGGAGAGAGACAUCUUCUACAACACCAGCGGCUGCCUCAGGAACUUGAGCUCAGUGAACGAGAGGACGAGGCAGAAGAUGAGAGACAUGCGAGGCCUGGUGGACUCCCUGGUGUCCUACAUUCAACAAGAGGACAGGGCAGACGACAAGGGUUUGGAGAAUUCAUUGUGCGUGAUGAGGAAUCUGUCCUACCAGCUGUACACGGAGCUUCCUCCCUCGGUCCGACUCCGUCUGGAGGGCCCGACGAGAGCCUCUGCCUCCGGGAAGGGCGAGGCCAUCGGCUGCUUCACUCUGUAUAAUAAAAAAGACCCAGAGCGUAACCAGAAUCUGUCCGUCCUGUCUGAGGUGUCCCGAACGCCUCGGGGGGCUGAAUGGCUGUGGCACCCGAGUGUGGUGGCGCUGUACAAGCUGGUCCUGCAGAACAGCGACAGCAGCGGCAACAGCCGCGAGGCGGCCAUCGGAGCCCUGCAGAACAUCACUGCAGGAGAGGCCAGGUGGGCAGCAGUGCUGAGUGGAGUGGUGGUGGAGCAGGAGAAGAUGCUGCCCGUCCUGCUGGACCUGUUAGACACCGACAGCGACAUGGAGCUGAGGCCCCUGACCGGCCUGCUUAGAAACCUGGCCAGACACUCUGCCAGUAAAGACUACAUGGCUAAGACCAUGGUGAACGUCCUGGUGUCCAAGCUGCCCAGUGAUGGCCUUCAGAAAACGUCAUCCUGCGAGGUCGUGGUCAACAUCUGUGGUGCCCUCAAUCACCUGGUCACCUGCAGUUCCUUGGCAGCCCGCGACAUCUCGUACUUCAACGGCCUGCCGAAACUGAUCGGCAUCAAGACAAUCCACGAUAACAGCUCUGGGAGUCUAAAAGCUGCCCGAGCGGCCUCGACUGUCCUCUGCAACAUGUUCCAGUACAAAAAACUGCACAAAGACUACAAACUGAAAGGAUUUUCCAGACGAGACUUCACAGAUGUCACCGUCUAGGCCGCAGCACAUUACCUGAUUCAUUCAGAGCGUUUGGCCUCAGCUUUCAGGUUUCCAGGAGGGAAAGACGAGGAACAACAGGGAUGGACGGGUUCUGAGUAGAGCAGAUUUAACUGUGAUGGACCUGCUGGGAAGAGAGACAACAAAAUGGACCAGAAUGGAACGGUGGACUGAAAAGUUUGAUCCUCUUUCAGGUUGCUGUGUGUUUAUCUUGGCGAAGCUUGCAGCAGAUAGCCUGUGGCGAGGGGAACUUCAUGGUGUCCACACAUACAGUGGACUUCGCCCCCAAAACUGCUUCUCUUUGUGUGUAUUAGGGUUUGACUUUUUUUGACACUGACACUGAUUCCAAUUACUUUGAAUUAAUGUUGCUGAUAGCUGAUAUACAUGAUAAUGGAUGUCUAUAUUAGAGAGAGAGAGAGAGAGAUUGAUAGACAAUAGUGCCUUGUAAUAUGUUGGACAUGGUUAGAGAAGGCUGGCAGAUACUAGGGAUGGUAUCUUUCUAGGUACUGGCUCAAGAAGAAUUAGUAUUCAUCUCCAUUAGCUAUACUUUGGCACUAAUCAGCAAAUGUUUGCACACUGACCCACUAAACUGAGACUAAAAACAUCGUCAAACUUAUUUGUUCUGAUUAAUAUCAGCACGUUAGCAUUGACACUGUGAGCGUUUCUGCAUAAUGAUGUUAGCACUUAGCUCUUAGCACAUAACUUAGUGUUGCUGUUCGGGAGUCUUUUUUAUACAAACAAGCUCAUACGUGGAUUUCUUUCAGACGUUAAAGAUGUGGCGAAGCCAUUUUCAUUCAAAUAAAAACAGGAAACAGCUCAAGGUUUCAUUAAAAUGGUGCUAACUUUAAUUAAACAUGUAAGCAUAGGUUUAUCUAUUGCCUCCACACAGCUCUCAAUAUGGCAACGGUCAAGCUAGCGGCUCACAGCUGACCAGGCUAACAACAGUGAUAGUGCUGACAAAGUGAACAGUGUUUAACUGAGGAGAAACCGGAGGUAUUUGGAAGUUUAUGCUUCCCUAAACUUGUGUCAUUUGGGACAGCGAUAUCGGCUGUACCUAGCUAGCUAGCCAUGCUAACAUGCACUAAAAUGCAAGCGCAGCCGGACCCUCCGUGUCAUCAAAGCCCAAAGAAGCUCAGAUGACACAGAUGGAGAAUGACCAGCUAGACAUUACUCCACUAUCAUUUUUACAUAGCAUCAGAUAAUUUGUUGCUGCUACAUUCAUGCUGGAAGGUUCUCCCUACUUCACUCCACGGGUGAAGUAGAGAGAGCCUUUAAGUGGAGAUAUCAACUAUUUACAUCUUGUUCAUUGGAUGUUUUGCAUUGUGUUUAUUUGCCUAUUUUUAUUUGUUUUAUCUGAUUUGUUUAAUUUUUCCUGGGAAUGCUCUUAUGCACAGGAACGUAUGCAUUUGGUUGUCAUUUGUUGAAAGAAGCACUGGAGAGACAGCACAAGGGGCCACCGUGGCAGUGCGAGGAGCGUCAACUACACCUCAGCAGACAUACAAAUUAUUGGCCAAACAACUGCUUGUUCAGAUUUUGACCACAGAAGAGCAGUGCAGAAAUACCACCAAAGUCAAAGUCAAAACACAUUUAAAUUAACCAAAACAGAGCAAUUUGCCUGUCUCCACAGGGUAGUAUCUUCAGGCUCCCAAUGAGUAAAAUAUGACAUCGAAAAAUAUACAGUUUGUGCAGUGGAAUAGGAUAAAAGAAAACAGUGUGUCAUUUCAGAAUUAAAUCAGAAACUCCUCCUCUUUCACAUAUAAUCUAGUCAAACAAUGUGAGAUUAAAAGGAGAAGCCUCAGAAUCAUGUCUGCUGAGAGGACAGUAGGAGCCAACAAGGGGAUUUCUGUAGAAGGACGUGUGGGGGAGAGAGCGGUAACCUUCAGAACUGCUCAAGGAAACUGCAGACCAGCAGCAGCACUUAUCUAGCAGAUGGAGGAAGGGAGGGGCCCAGUCUAACCGGGAAAUAAAAAUGCCGAUGUCAUGGGAAAAGCUGGAGAGAGGGGCUUCAACCCCUCAGGCUCUGCCGAGUGAAGCGUUCCCUCUAAUGACCAAAGGGGGCGACUCCGACAGUUUCAAAAAGAGGUCAGCUUGUAUAGAAGCCUAAAGCUGCAUUCACACCAAAAGCGAAACUAUUUUUCGCGUCUCCCAAAACGCGUGAGUUUACUCACUCGACCGUUCACCGUGUUCACACCAUAAGCGUCGAGACGCUGCGCGAGGGGCGGGGCUUAUCUCCGUGUCUCGUCUCCGUAAAGACCGUUAUCAUCUCCUUCAUCCACCAGAAUAACUAACCACUACUUCUGCUUUAUAUUUGUCGUGGACAUCCCACACACUAACGCCCUUGUGUUUGGGUUGAUGACAUCACCCGUAGGCUCACUCAGCUCGGUCACUUUCACCGAUGAAGUUACUGUUACCUCUGAAAGACUUCCGCUUCCAGCGCUACGAGAGAGAACUCAAGAGCUGAUUGGCCCGAGUUGCGAGAUGACCGCCUCAAAGUGGAAAUAUUUCAACUCGGGGCGAAAAUUGUGUCGCUGAAAACGCGUCGGCCACAUCGCGUCGCCCCAAACGCGCCGCCCGGAAAAUUAUCGCGUCUAUCGCAGCCACACGCGUCUGUACGUUGACUUUUCAUGGUCGCGUGAAUUUUUUGUGUGCUUUUGGUGUGAACGCACCUUUAGAGAAACUGAAUCUACUUCUCGCUUGUUUUAUUACCACAGUAAAUGAGUUUAUGGUCUCAAUCUCCAGUUUCAAGUCUUUCAAAAGAGCAUGAUGUUCAUUUCGUAAAUGAUGGUCCAUUUAGAAUCAAAUGGACGAUAAAGCAGGGUAUGGUUUUGGGCGGGCUUACAGUAAAUUGACAGGUUGCUGCCGCUACCAGAACCUUAUACGGCAUCUCAACGUCACUCCUACACAUUGCAAAUACGGUAACUUCCGUUCGAUGGUGCUGAAAAAACAACAACAUGGCGAUUGGCCGUAUUCCAAGAUGGCGACAGCAAACUCGAGGCUUCAUCACAGCAGUCUACAAACCAAUGGCUGACGUCACGAUGACUAUGUCCACUUCUUAUAAACCGUCCAUGGCUUCAACUCAAAGUCCACACCCCCCUUGAAACAGAGAGUCCUUUUUCUCUCUUAAGAACAUGUAUUGAACGCUGUGGUCGAGACUUUUUAAACGGCUUGUAGCUUUUCUAGUUGGGGCUUGGUGAGGCUUUGUAAUCCAGCAUUGAACAACUGUGUUUUUAAAAUAUUUUUAUAAAACUACUAAAAAUAUAUAUAUUUUCAGUGACUAGCUAUCAAAUUUAUCUGCGUUAAAAGGAGUCGUUGUCGUCAUUAGCCGAAGCCUACCUAAGACAAGGUGUAUCCCAUGAUACACUGGCUCGAGUGUCAUCGAAACAGGACAGUAUUGUAUUGUAUGGCACGCUGACUUUUUCUUGGGGGGGGGGGGGGGGAGUUAUAAGUAUUAACAAUCAGUCAUACAAUUUCAAUUGAAAAAGUAAAUAAAAAGUAGAAGGAUGUGAAGGGAAUAUAAUAUAAAAGAGUACAAAAUAACGAAGUGAAUAGUUUUGGGCUUCUUGAGAAGUGGCCAGGAAGUGACAUCAGAAGAGGAGCCUUAUAGCCCUGAGUAAAUAAUUGUGCCUUGUAUGAAUAAAGGAGCUGCGUAAUUUAAAAAAAAAAAAAAAAAAACAUUAUGGUCUUGGCUGAAAGGUAUGUAAAUAGUUUUUUAUGUGUAUUUAGCUACAGUGCUUAUCCCUCCCACAUGAACAAAUUUCAAAAGCCAAAAGGUCUUGAUCUUGUGUUAUCUGUGAUUUGAAUAAAUAUCUGAGAUUCAGA